GAGGCGGGCAACGGGUGCGUGCGCGUGGUCGUUGCGUGGGCGCUGCUCGCAAGUCGGAGCGCAUCAAGUGUGCGUGGGCCGGAGCCGGCGCGUGUGCCCGCCGCCGCUGCGCGCUGGGCGGGGGUGCCGCAAGUGCUUCGGGGCGCGCGCAGCCCCGCGCGGGCGCCCGCGGACGCCAGAGCAAGCAGGGAUGCGUGCGGGAACUUUUCGCCCGCCCCGCAAGUCCGGGUCGCGGCGUUCGGAGGGGCUCCCGGCCGCCGCCGGCACCGAGUGCCCGCCCCACCCCCACUUCCGCCUCCCGCCUCUUCCUCGUUCCCGACUCCCAGGGCCGCCGGUCCCCAGGGAGCCCCGCAGGCAUAGCCCCACCCGGCCGGCGCUGCUGGCUCCCACGCCCCCGCCGCCGCUUGUCGGGAGCGCUUCCAGUGAGCCAGCGGGGCGCGGGCGCUGCAGCUGUUUUACUCCUUUACCCCCCAGGGGCUGACAUGGACCCAAAUCCACGAGCAGCCUUGGAACGCCAGCAGCUACGUCUCAGGGAGCGGCAGAAAUUCUUCGAAGACAUUUUGCAGCCAGAGACAGAGUUUGUUUUCCCCUUGUCCCAUCUGCAUCUCGAGUCCCAAAGACCCCCCAUAGGUAGCAUCUCGUCUAUGGAAGUGAAUGUGGACACACUGGAGCAGGUGGAAUUUAUUGACCUUGCCGAUCAAGAUGGAGCAGAUGUGUUCUUGCCUUGUGAGGACUCUCCACCAACCCCCCAGAUGUCUGGAGUGGACAGCCAUCCAGAGGAGCUGAGCCUGCCGGUACCCACGCCAGACAGGACUACAUCCCGGACCUCCUCCUUGUCCUCUGACUCAUCCAAUCUGCGCAGUCCAAAUCCAAGUGAAGGGGGAGCAGACACCCCCUUGGCACAGUCAGAUGAGGAGGAUGGGGGUGAUGGAGGGGCAGAGCCUGGACCCUGCAGCUAGCAGUGGGCCUCUUGAAGACUGAUCUAUCUGGCCAUUCUCCGUGGGGAGGAGAUCCCAGGCCCAGCAGAGCACCUGGAGAAGACCUGACCCUUUACUUGCUGUCAGCACCAGAGGGGUAAAGGACUGUGGAUACUGUACCUGAGAAUUAGCCUUCCCUGCUUCUGCUAACUUUCUCCUGCUGCAACCCUCCCACCACUGUUUUUCUCCUGAGGUAGGACUUCUAAAUGAGAAGCUGGAAGAUGAGGUAGGACAAGGUACCACUGCUUUCUUAGUAUCCCUCCUGCCCCCCAAUGACCUGUAGUCUUCCACUAGAGUCUCCUAAGUCAGUGUCUCUGAGGGGAAGGUCUGAGGAGUUCCACGUGGCACUCUGUGAGGUUGUACUGCAGUAAUCCUGCCUCUUUAAGUCCUUUUUGGAACAGGAUAUAGUAUAAAUAAUAAACUAUAAUAUACCGCUCAUUUCACCUCAUUCUUCACAUUGCGGAGAUGCCAGGCCUGCGUCCUUCACUAGCUGGCGUCAUAUCUCCAUCGUCCAUUGCUCCAUGUAGUCGAGAAAUACUUAAGACUUUAGCUCUGCAAGGCAUUUGAAAUAGAGUUCUGAUGCGAUGAAGCACUUUCCUGUUUUCACAGAGUUUACCGUCAGUGGUGGAGAAGGCCAGGUAAAUAUAAGUCACAGUAUAGUUUGUAGUAUGAUCAAGUUCUCCUCUGGUAUCAGGAAACAAAACUGAAGGAAUGAUUUCCUAAGCGGAGAUCUGAAGGACAGUGAGGAGUUGCCAAGCUGGGCAGAGGGAGAGGGAUCCUAUCCAGGGAGAAGCUGCAGCUUGUAAACACUAAAUGGAAAGGCCAGGCUGGGUCUGGGGGCUCCUCCGUAUAAUCUCAGCAAGAGGGGUGAGGCAGGAGUAUCCGGUUCAGGAACAGCUUUGGUUUCAUAGCAUAUUUGAGGCCAGUCUGGGUUUCGUGAGACCCUGUUUGAAAAAAUAGAAAAUAAAAUUAAGGAAACAACAACAACAGAAAAGAGUAGCAGUGGUGGGAGACUAGAGAGAGCGAGUGCGAAGAGCUAAGAAGCAUUUUGUUUGGAUCAAUUGUUGGAUUUGAAAAUACACAGGGAGAGGUAAACUUGACAGAGGUCAGAUUGUGAAAUGCUUCGAAGCCUGUAUUAGGUUUCAGUUUGACAGCUAGUAAAAGAUCAUGACUUAAGAUACAAAUUUAUUUCCUCAUACUAAAGAAGUCCAAAAUACAGGGCCGUGGGGAAGCUCUCUGGUAACUGAGCACCAAGCUACUUUUGGCUUGUUUUCUUUAGCCAUCCAAGGCACAUGACAUCAGUUUUUGCCCAUACCUUGUAUUUAGGAUGGCUGACAAAGCAUCAUCCGGCACGGCUGUGAAAAUAGCAGAAAAGAAGAGAAAACAUGGGGAGUGGGCACAAAGGACACAGCCUGGAGUCUGUUCUCACCUGGAAGCUCUAAGAAAUGGUACCCACUUGGUUUCAUUGCCCAGAAUUUUUUAACAGAAAAUGUUUCAUUUUAGACAUUUUAUAGACACUUGACAGCAUUUUCUAGAAGAGGAAAUUCUAGCUUUUGGAAAGACAGUAACCCUUUCAGAUCACUGAAUUGCCAGUGCAUCGGAUUCCAGUACUACCCGACAUCUCUGAGAAACACAUCCAGCAGGGAGACAUCCCUUCUUAUAGGCCACACUGCUGUCUUGACUGGUCAGGGUUUUGCUACUAAGAAGCCAAAAGGAUAGCAGUCAUUAGUGGUUUACGUGGUAAGAGGUCAUUCUGUUGGAGUUUGGAGUUUAUUGAGAAUAAUGAAGGAUUAGAAGUGAUUGUGUUAAAAUCUCAAAGAUGUGAGGAGAAAGACCACCGACCCAAAUCAUCACAGCCAAAUUAAUUAAAGCAAACAAUUAAAGCAAGCUUUUUUAUUUGUGUACACAGACUGUCUUCCUCCAUGAGGCAAGGUUCCAGAGAUCAGUAUUGGAAAUGGGGAAGAUAAGAUUUUUAUAGCUCAGGGGUAGGAGGUUUCCAAACAGGGGAUUUGACAGGGGAAAUAGGUGUGGUUACAGAAGCAGACCAUAACAAGGUAAUCAUAGCAACAGGUGGUCAUUGUAACCUUUUGAAACAAAGGUAGGGUUGCAAAAUAGUCAUUAACAACUUUUUUAACAAAGACCUGAUUGCCGGUUCCUGGAAAAGGCAGUAUAGGUGGUCAUUUGUAGUAAAGGUUACAGGUGGGGCAUAGCCCAAUUCUUGAGCAACAGGUUUAAUUAUAAACAGGAAUGAACCUAAUUUGUCUUUACUAUAAGAUGGCUUUCAAGCUUAAGAUGGAGGUAAGCUAGUUCAUCGGUUGGACUCGCAUGUUUAAAAAGGUAAUUCUGACUGCAGUUUAGAGAAUAUGCUGGAGGAGGUGGACUCUAGACAGACAAAUAACAAUGCAGUAAUGCAUGAGAGUAAUAAUGGUAGUCCAGUAGGCAGUGGUUACUUAGGCUGGAGCAGGGUGUAAACAAACUGACAAUAAUCGUUCCAUAAACAUUACAUACUGGUAUUUAGCAAGUGUAAACACAAAUACAGUACUGGCCAAAAAGGAAAAGAAAAAGUCGGUUCUGUCCUGGAGCUCAGUGUAAUGGAGCCCGAGUGUAAAUUUACAGCCAUGACUAGAGCUGCAAAGCAGCCAGCUUCUUCAGAGAGGUCACCAGGGAGUCUCCCUUGAGGAAGCGACAUUGGCACUGAGGUCUGAAUAACAAGUAGGAAUAAGCUAGGGAAGAAAGAAGUGCUGAAGGCCCCUUGUGGCAUACUGAUUGGAAGGGAUCAAGUGCCUGGAAACCAGAUGAUUGCAUUCACCUAAAGGAGAGCUUGGAGCCAGGGUAGAAGUGAUGGGGUAGAGCAAGGUGGAAGAUUGAGAAGACUUCAGAAGCCAAUCUGGAAACAGGACAAAGGUACCAACCAGCAUUGUUUGUAUCUCAUCCUGUAGGUUUGGACUGGAGGUUGUAAUAAAUUUGUUUUAGAUGUA